GUCUGUCUGUCUGUCUGUCUGUCUGUCUGUCUGUCUAUCCGUCUAUCAUGUCUGUCUGUCUGUCUGUCUGUCUGUCUAUCUGUCUAUCAUGUCUGUCUGUCUAUCUGUCUGUAGUAUCGUCUGGUGUUGAUAUCCUUGGGGUCCCUAUUGGCAAUGAUUCUUACGUCCAGUCUAGAUGUAGCAAAUCAGCGACUGCAGGUGAAGGCCUUUGUUCUCAACUGCUCAACUUGAAUGAUCCUCAAAGUGCACUUCUCUUACUGUGGUACUGUCAUGUGCCUACACUGAAUCAUUUAGCAAGGUGUGUGCCUCCUCCAGUUUUACACCAAGCUUGUCACAUUCAUGAUCAGCUAUCAAGAGAUACUUUUGAAGCAAUAUUGGGGUUGAGUGCACUUGAUGAGCUGACAUGGAAGCAAGCAUCUCUUAAGAUCAAGUUGGGAGGUUUUGGCAUUACAAACUUGACACAAAUCUCUGCUGCUGCUUUUGUGGGUUCAUGGUGCUAUUCAAUGAGCACGAUUCCUCAAAGAUUUCCAUCUAGAAUAGAUCUAUGUGACAGCCUUAACUGUGUGAGUCCACCUCCUUUCUAUCAGCAUCUUUGCAAGGCAAUAGCAAGCCUUCCUUCCACCUUAGGAUCAGAUGGAGAGACACUCAUACCUCAGUCUUUGUCUGGGCUUAUGGCAAAUCCAGUAAAACUCCAAAAUCGCCUAAGCUCGGAUAUUGCUGAAGGGAAUGCAGUAACAUGUGUUAUGCAAGCAUCCUCUGUCAAACAUGCUGCUAGGAUAAGGUCAUGUCAGGGACAUGGAGCAGGAUCAUGGCUUCAAGCUAUUCCUUCAGCACCAAAAUUUGUUCUAAUGUCCUCAGAAUUUCGUGUGGCAGCAUUCUUUAGACUUGGUAUUCCUUUACCAUAUUCCCAGAUUGUUACCAAGUGUGAUUGUGGUAGAAGCCUUGAUGAACACGAUUAUCAUCUAUUGACCUGCAAGUUUGGCGGUGGCCCAGUAUGGCAACACAAUACAAUCGUGUCAACUUGUGCUAAUGUUUAGACGAGUUAAAUAUUCCUCAUCAAGUUGAGCCAAGAAAUAGGUAUACUGACUCUGAGAACAGGCCGGAUAUAACAACAUAUGAUCCCACUGGACACUUGACAAAAGACCUGGACAUUUCACUUGCACAUCCACAUUCUUGUGACACCGUACAAUCAACUGCCAAAAUAUCAGGUUAUGCAGCUGAGUUGAGAGAAAAACGCAAAAUGACAAAAUAUGGUCAACAGCAGUCUAUAGCAGGAUCUAAUACAACAUGUAUUCCACUGGUUUUUGAACACUUUGGCUUUUGGGGCCCUAUGGCUGAAGACUAUCUCAAUAAAAUCUCCAAACUUUCAAAAGAUGCAAAUGGAAAGAGCAGCGAAACAGACUUUAGAGAUAGAUGGAGAAAGCAACUGUCUGUAGUUGUACAGUCUUGCAACUCUCAUGUGAUUUUUAGAAAGUUGUCCAAGUUGUCUAAGUGCAAUUUUGAUGAUUUCUGUAUGAUAAAGACGUUCAACGUUUUGUUCAUUGACUGUUAUUGUUAUGCAUACGUAAAGUUAGCGAUUGUUAUUGGUAGAGUAAGAGUUCAAAUAUAAUAAUCUGCCUGUCUGUCUGUCUGUCUGUCUGUCUGUCUAUACAACACAAUCCAAUGUCAGCAAUAUUAUAAGUUCACAACAUGAGAAGACCAUCCAUCUUUCUGUACAUCCAUCCUUCCUUCUGCAUAUUAAUUAGUCCAUAUUUUUUCUGCCAUCCGGAUCGGCUAUCAGUUCAUGUACCUGUGUGUUGUACAUCUAACCUGUGACCUACAC